AUGAUUUGGGGUUUCGGUUUCAGUCGAUCUGGAUAUGAAGUUGCAGUGAUAGAGUAUCAAAGAGAAGAAGAAGUUGCUUGGUACCCUGAUGGGGAUACAAUGGUCAGGCAUGAGUACAAUCCUCUCACUGCCUACGCUUUUGGCAAAGUUUUUGGACCACAAGCAAAUACUAUGGACGUUUAUGACGUUGCUGCAAGACCCUUAUCAAGGCUGCAAUGGAAGGUGUUAACGGAACCGUUUUUGCCUAUGGUGUUACAAGCAGUGGCAAGACCCAUACAAGCAGGAACCAUUUUUGCCUAUGGGGUUACAAGCAGUGGAAAGACCCAUACCAUGCAUGGUGAUCAAGAACCUCCUGGAAUCAUACCGCUUGCAAUAAAAGACGUCUUCAAGGUUGCUGAUUCUGUGCUUGUCCUUCAAAGCUUUGAUGGGAGGAAGAGGAUAAACAUAGCUGUUUGGGGACCAUUGAACCAAACCAUUGUUAGUGGGGGUGAGGAUACUGUUCUCAAGAUCUGGGAUGCUGAGACUGAGAAAUUGCUAACGGAAUCAGAUGCAGAAGUGGACAUGAGUACGUUGACUCUUCUCACGACUUACAUUUCAGGGAUGCCUGUAAAUGCCGUUUCCAUGUCCCCACUUUUUGACCAUGUAUGA